AACAGCAGUACCAACCAUGGCAGGCAGGUCCGUUCGCGUCAUCUCGCUGGGCGAUCCCAACGACGUGGCCUGCAUGGACGAAGGCGUGCGCGUGAUCGCCGUCAACCCGUCGGGGCAGCAGUCGAUGGGGCCUUCGUGCCAGUCUUCGCUCACUAAAGUCUUCUGCGGCCCCGUGGAGACGAUCGGCAUGCCAGCGCCCCCUAAGACCAAGGGCUCGCGCCUCGACUGGCGCAUCACGCCCGAGGGCGGUCUCGAGGUUACCGUUGGCCGACCGCUGACCAAGGAAGAGGAAGAGAAGCGUGAGCGCGACCGUAAGAGUAAGGCCGCCGGCGCCGCCAGCGCUGCAGCCCCCGCGGAUGCCGCCGCUGGUGCCGCUGGUGCCGCUGGCGCCGCCCACGCAGCUGCUCCCGCAGCCGCCCCGGCUGCCCCCGCAGAUGCCGCUGUCCCCCCGGCCGGCAUAGAUAAGCUGAGGAAACAGAUCUGCGACCCGCUGUCGCUCCUGGCUAACAAGCGGCUGCCCAUCUGCUUCGAGACGACGCUCGGCAAGGAGACGGCGCCCGGUCUGACGUCCGUGACCGUCAUCAACGAGCAGCCCGGGAGUCCGGUCAUGGUUCAGCCGCGGGCCGCACCUGUGCGGUCUAGCAGAGGGUUUAGCCCUCCCGGUGUGCAGGUUAUCUGCAGCAGUGACGGCGGCUACGGCGGCUACCAAUUGCCCACCGUGACGAACUGCAGCGCCAUGGGCGGCGGCGGCGGUAACUUCACCGGAGUGCGCAUCCUGGCCGAUUCGUCUUCGUCGAUGGGUCGGCGCUGCGAGCAACUGUUUCCCGACCUGUGUCCCGCCAUGUAGACGAUACGCAUCGUGGACGACGUCGGCGCUGCCAACAGGCGCACUUCGUCCCGCGUCGUGCACUUUCGAUGUCUUGAUAGGUCUAUAAACAAAAAAGAAGGUAUCGACCUUAUCUCAUCCUGAUAUGUCGGGCGAAUAUAGUGAAAGGUACUUACUUAAGUUCCAGGAGUAUUGCUGAGCAAACUGGUGUUUUCUAACUGAUAUAUUGUAGCACUGAAGCACGCCUAGAAAAGAGGAAACACCUCGCCCGUCGCGUCUUUUUUGUGUUUCUCCUUUGUGGAUGUGGUUCGGCGCUACGGUAUGUCAUUUACUUACGCAACUACCCAUUUCCAACGGACCUGUAACCGACACGUUUGCUACGUGACUUUGAUACAAAGUAAUUCAUCGAGAGCCGGCGCAAGCCUAUUUCGCGGCUAUUAGAGAAAUUUUAUCAUUAUGAGGUUAGCAUCCUGGGGCUCACUGUCAGUUUGUAGACAAUGACAUGAAUCUUAUUGUUCUGAGAACACGUGUCAACGUGGCUAUGUAGACUGUCAGAGAGGUGCCCGCGUUUAAGCGAGCUGGCUUCGUUCACCUAUAUGCCUAUCACUUGGACUCAGUCCUUGAUGGAGAUUUUAACUGGGAAAGGUACACAAUGACAUAUCCUCAAUGAAUAAGCACAUCCACCCCUGAAGCAACAUUUGGAGUCAGAAUGGAGCUUUCAUAGCGAUAAAAUAGCAUAGUUACCGAAAAGCGGAUAUUACCACCAACGUUUGCGUAAACGAGUGAAUUUUAACUGAAAAGCGUCCACGUAAGCGAAACUGAUUUUCCUAAGAUAACCGAAAACAGUCGUAAUAUAAUUGAUUCAACACACAAACGGCCAGUUGCGCUUACUCACUUAGUGCCUGCUCAAUUAGUGCACCCGAGUGCCCACUGUAUGAAAGCGUGACACUUAAAGGAGAAAAUAGAAGAUAAGUGCACUGCCGUCACGGUAUUUCGCUCUCGUAGAGGACACUGGGCAGCAGUAUGCAGGGAAGGGAGUGGGGGUGGGGUACAAAACAGUAUAUCACUUCGCUUUUCUCUACGUUUCUGCAGGAAUAAAAC